GGCAGAAAAUAAUUUGCUUCCGGUGUGUGUGUGCCCUUCUUCCUCCUUCCUAAACUAGAGUCUAAACAACUAGCUCCAACUGUAUUACUGAUCUGCUGAGUCUAAGAUGUCGGUCUGCACAUGUCAAGCAAAGAUAGGGCCCUCCAUUUUGAAUGCAGACUUCGCGUGUCUGGGAGAUGAGAGCAAGCGAGUGAUGGAGGCUGGAGCUGACUACCUCCACCUGGACGUCAUGGAUGGAAAUUUUGUCCCAAACAUCACUUUUGGAGCUACCAUGGUGAAGUCCCUGAGGAAGCAAUUACCAGACUCGUUCUUUGACAUCCACAUGAUGGUGUCUGCUCCAGAGCAAUGGGUGGAUGAUAUGGCCGAUGCUGGGGCUGACCAGUACACCUUCCACUUAGAGGCUACAGAUGAUCCUGUUGCUCUGAUCAAGCAAAUUAGAGCCAAAGGCAUGAAGGUGGGUAUUGCCAUCAAGCCUGGAACACCUGUCGAGAAAGUGUUACCCUAUGUUGAUCAAGUGGACAUGGUGCUCGUAAUGACGGUGGAGCCUGGGUUCGGAGGUCAAUCAUUCAUGGCGGACAUGAUGCCCAAAGUGGAGUUGCUGAGACAAAAGUACCCCGGGUUGGAUAUAGAGGUGGACGGAGGACUGUCUCCAAAGACCAUUGACACUGCUGCUAAAGCGGGUGCCAACAUGAUUGUCUCGGGAAGUGCCAUCGUGAAAAGUCCAGAUCCAGCGGCAGUCAUACAAGAACUCAGGACUGUUGUUCAAAAAUAUCUCAACUAAAACUAUUAUUUUUUAGACAAGAAUUUAAUCGAACUACACUUAUACAGUGCAUGUAAUUUUAAGCCAUAGCAAAUCUACUUUUUGUGUUACCGUAUAGCGGGUAAUUUUCGUGGGGUAAAAUAUUUGUUAUUUUCGUGG